AUGGAGGAGUGGCGUUGCAGGAAAUUUGAAGGUGGCCUAAGGCAUGAACUGAGGCGCUUCAUUGUACCGUUGAGGGUCAAGAAGAUUCCUGUCUUGGUCGAGCAGGCCAAGAGUGUGGAGCAGUUGGAGAUGGGACCCAACAGACCUGCAGGUAGUGGGGGAAACAGUGCUAGCACUCGCAAGUGCUAUGCGUGUGAUCAGCCGGGGUACUUUGCCAGUCGGUGUCCUAAUAAGAAGACUACCACGGGAGCACGACCUCCAUCAUCUUCGUCAGACAGGCCUAGAGCAGCAGGCCGAGUCUUUGCUUUGACCAGCACAGAGGCCACUCAGUCAAGUAGUCUUAUACUCGACUUUUGCUUAUUGUUGGGUAACCGGGUGUUAGUGUUGUUUAAUUCAGGAGCUUCGCACUCCUUUAUAUCUCAUGACUGCGUGAAGAAUUUGGGAUUGUCGACUCGUGAUCUGGGAUGCGAGUUAAUAGUCUCAACACCAGCAUCUGGACAGGUUUCAACUAAUUCUGCCUGUGUUAGAUGCUCGAUAGAGGUAGAGGGCAGGUGA